AUGGCAACUAUCGCGACUCCGUUUCUUCUAAUCCUCUUUCUCUCUAUCUCCACCGUAUCCGUUCACGGCGCAUCUCACCACCACACGGCGGCUCCGGCGCCGGCUGUUGACUGUUCGACUCUCAUAUUCAGCAUGGCUGAUUGUUUAUCCUUUGUCUCGAGCGAUAGUACAGCGAAGAGACCGGAAGGUUCGUGUUGCUCAGGGCUUAAGACGGUGCUUCAAACCGACGCAGCGUGUCUCUGUGAAGCUUUCAAAAGCAGUGCUUCUCUUGGAGUCACUUUGAAUAUCACUAAGGCUUCUACACUUCCUGCAGCAUGCAAGCUUCACGCUCCUUCUAUUGCUAAUUGUGGAUUGUCUGUUGCUCCUAGUACUGCUCCAGUUGCUGGUGGACCUGACGGAGCCGGACCUUUAGCUCCAAACCCAUCUCCAGGAAACGACGGAUCUGCCUUGAUUCCGAUCUCCUUCGCAACCGUAUUCAGUACCGUAUUGUUCGUAUUGUUCACCUCUAGUAUGUAA